UUAAGUCGACGGCGUCUUGGCGCACAUCUACCAACAACUCCACUCUCAGUGUUACAUCACCGGCGUCUUGGCGCACAUCUACCAACAACUCCACUCUCAGUGUUAAGUCGACGGCGUCUUGGCGCACAUCUCGACGUCGUUGGCCGCCGCCGCCGUCACGUGGGAGGCCGCGAUUUGGCGGGAAAAGUGCGGUCGAGUUCACCCCCUUGUCAGUCCACCUCAUUGAGUAGGCUGAGCCCUUGUGCACUGCGCGGCACCACCACCGAUCGCCUAUUAACUCCCCUCGCCGCCGCGUUAGGGAGCUGCAGAGGCCGAGCUCCGAGAUGCCGAUCGACGCGCAGAAGUUGGCGGAGGAGCUCGACACGUUCGGGUUCACCGUGGACGACUCGGACCUCCUGGACAAACUUCAGGAGCUGUGCAUUGUGCAUGGGCUGACCGAGGAGAAGAUGGCAUCAGAGUGGAUGGCCUUUUCAUACAACAAGAGCCUGGAGCUGUGCGUGGACACCUUGGAACGCUUCGACCACGAGCACCUUGCAAAACGGUCCAACUCGCGCACGCCCUCACAGAACAAGAUCUUUCAAGACGCCAACACGCUCAGCGACUUAAUCGCUGCCGAGGACGAAGAGGAUGACCUUAUGGACUCCUACACGACGCCUGCCAAGGCUUCUCAGAAGAGACAGCUGACGACCCCGGAGAACCCUCAAUCGAAACGCAUCCUGUCCCAGAGUUCCCACCUCUCCCCAUCCAGCUUCUCCCCCAGCACCACGCCGUCACAAAAGUACAGCUCCCGCAAAAACCCCGGCGAGGUCGUGGUGACAUUCGGCUCGGAGCCGAGCGGUACGAGCGGGCGAGCGCCCGUGCGCGUCCACGUGUUCUCCCGGCCCGGCGGGGAGCCGCUGAGCCAGACCUACCUACACAUGUUCCAGAAGCUGCACGACGUGCGCGAGGUUUUUAACCAACAAAUAGAAGACCUGGGGCAGCAGCUGCAGGCGCACUACAAUGUGGAGGAGCUUACUUCGGUCACUAACUCGGUGCAGAGCACAGUGACGGUCCUCGGCCGCAUUUGCUGCGACUGCAACGGGAAACUCAACGCCAAGUCGGUGCUGCUCCAGGGAGACCUGGACAUAUCGGCCGGCCUGGCGACACCCCUCGACCUCUCCCAGAUCCCAGAAUUCUCGCUCUUCCCUGGACAGGUGGCGAUGUUCGAUGGACUGAACCCGACCGGAAAGAAGUUUGUGGCGUCAAAGCUUUACGAGGCUGUGCCUCUGCCCUUUUACUGUCCCGAGCCGGAGGAGGAAGAGAACAUCAGUGAUGGCAGUGUGACGAUGCUGGUGGCGUGCGGACCGUUCAGCACGUCGGACAGCAUCAACUACGAGCCUCUGUGCGACCUCAUCACUGUCAUCAACCGCGAACGCCCGCAAGUCUGCCUGCUGAUGGGGCCGUUUGUUGAUGCCAAGCACGAGCACGUGGAGAAAUGCCAGCUAAAGGAGACCUUUGCAGAGCUCUUUGCGAACACAAUCAGGCUCCUUGUGGAGCGGACACAGAGCUCGGGCUCGCGACUGGUGAUCGUGCCAUCGCUUAGGGACGUGCAUCAUUGCUGCAUCUACCCUCAGCCUCCGUUCACCCUCCCGGAUUUUUUCAAAGGCUUACAGAGGGUGAUGUUUGUGUCGGAGCCGUGCACGCUCAAUGUGAACGGCGUCGUGGUCGGCGUCACGUCCACCGACAUCCUCUUCCACAUGAGCUCCGAGGAGAUCAGCCCUCCUGGUGGUGUGGACCGCUUCACGCGACUCGUCACGCACUUGCUGACACAGAGAAGUUACUACCCGCUCUACCCGCCGGCCGAGGAGAUCAACGUGAACUACGAGACCGUGCAGGUGCACGCACGCUUUCCCGUCACGCCCGACGUCCUGAUCAUCCCUUCGGAUCUCCGCUACUUCGUCAAGACCGCGUGCGGCUGCGUCUGCAUCAACCCCGGCCGCCUCACCAAGGGUCACGUGGGCGGCACGUUCGCGCGCAUCGCUCUGGAUCGCGUGCCGAGCACCGGGACCGACAGGGUGUCACCAUGUCCUCUCUGCACAGAUUAUUAAAAUAUAAAAGCAUCACCCAGGGAACGUUGUCCCACCCACCUCUCACCCCUAAGCCCUGUCCCGUCAAUGAUUUUUUUUACAGUGCCGUCCUCGAAAUACCAGGCUCAUCCAUUUUCUUAAUUAACAAAAAAAUAUUAUUUCAAUGAACACCGAUUGAGGCCGAUUUUUUGCCCCUAAUUUUGAGUGCUGAAAAAUGUCAAAGGAUGUUAAAAUACAAAUAGUGUAUGACAUGUUGUAAAGUGACUUGAAAAAAAGUGUAACGUUAUCAGAACUUACUUGCUCCCCCGAGGUGUGUGUGGAGGAGCGGGGGGGGGGGGCGCUCAGUCCAGUCCCAAAAACUGGUACCGCCAGACUCAGUCACGUUUCUGUGCAGCGUGGAGACGCAGUCGGCAAAGAUUCAGCAUGGCUCUGCACGCCGUUGAAAUUGCCAACGUUUUCACAUUUUUACCAUUACAUUUUUUUACACGAGGACCCCAAAAAAUCCACGUUAUAUGCAGGUCACAGUAUCGAUUUAAAGCUUUCGUGACUGCAGGGAUUCAUCUUCUUGGUUCUUUCGGUAAAGUCACGUAGAAGGGAAAUAAUAAAAUAAUAAAAAUUUAAACAUAAAACAUGUUUUAUUUUUAUUAUUUUAUGAUUUCCAUUCUACGUGACUUUACCGAAAGAACCAAGGUCACAGUAUGUUUUGAGGACGCACACUCGUGUAUUUUAAGAAGCUGUCUUAUCCAUUGACUUGCCCCGUCAUUAAAACAAUGUGGAAUGUCUCCUGCCUUCUCACAGCCUGUGAACAGAUGUUCAACUCAGCACACUUGUCUUUGCAGGGACUCAUUUUGGAGUGAUAUUUUGAGGUCGAGUGCGGUUUAUACUUUGUGAUUGUGGUGUGAUGUUUUGAAACGGGGAGUAAACUGAGACGCAGCGACUUAUUCACGCUGCCUUGCUUGAGCUAUCAAAACAACAGCUGUGUUCUCAAGGCUGCUUUGUGAAUGCGUUUUCUCUAAUUGGAUUUGUUGAUACUGUAUAUAUGCAUCCACCGCCCACAGGGAAACGUGAAUAUCGCAAGUAUUCGUGCUUGAAAUAAAAUUAUUUUUA